CCAAAACACAGAGCCAAGUUUUCCUUCUAAGAUCUAAACAGUUCUUGAGAAACUCCAAUCCUUAAUCCGAGUGCACGGAGUCUGGGAUCGUUGUAUGAACCUUGGGGCGAACAUCAUCAAGAAUUCGCACCGGAAAUGACAAAAUUCAUUUUUAAAGCAGUGGCCUCCAUACUACGGCGCAACGUUGUUCUUGUAAAUUCAAUCAAGUUCAGUUAAUUGUUAUCUACGGAUUAUUUCCACCAGUAUAGAACAUUGGCAACUCGAAUUAUCCAACCCAAACCCAUCCAGCACAUGAUUCUCUAAAAUUCUCGCAUUUUUCCAGAAUCAUACAAACUCAUUUUUCAAACACUUCAAUAGAGAGGAGAGAGAAAUUGAAGCACCAAAGUUGAAUAAAAAUGGCGACAUCAAGAGUAGAUACGAAGGGAUUCUACAAGCCAAAGAAGAAGAAUAAGUACUGGAAUUUCAAAGAAAUCUCCUAAUAUUCUCAAGAAAAAAAACACACUCCAUCUCACUCUGCUUCUCCUCGAUCCGACGUCGUAUACCCCUGCUCUUUGUCUCUUCCCACCAUGGCUCUCUUCAUCUUCAAGUUUAAUUCCAUCAAAUUGUAGGCUGCAACCAAACAUAAUUGAGCAGGUAUUCGCAUUGCUGUAAGAUUGAAGAAUUUCAACUGGAGUAGUUAUGAUGAAGUUUCAGGACAUGGUGAAAAAUAGAGUUGACUGCAGAGUACCAGGUACAUUUAAGGUCAUUUUUUCCUGUAUUUGGUGCUGCUUUAUUUGUAGCGAUAGUAUCAUGUUUGUUUACGGUUUGUCAUCGUAUGCAAAUGUCUCUCGUUCAUGGAAAAACAACUGGCAUAUAGAUGGAGAUAUCCAUGUUUUUGGUGAUGGUUCUACUGCAUUUACAGCCUUGUAUUCUAACCAGUCUCAUGAUUAUCCUCCUUAUGGAUUUGGUUUUUUCACAAUCCAACAGUGGUCGGACUCGUAUAUACUUGCUAUAUAUAUGGGGUCUUUAGAUUAUAAGGCAUCUUCUUCCCCUGUUGUUGUUUGGUGUGCCAACCGAGAUCAUCCUGUUCGUAAGGAUGCUACUCUUAAUCUUACAUCUGAAGGAGAUUUGGUGUUAAGGGAUGCUGAUGGAAGUUUUGUGUGGUCGACCAACACCUCUAACCAUUCAGUAAAAUCCAUUGAAUUGAAACAGAAUGGGAACUUGGUUCUUUUGAGUGGAAAGGGGAAAACUAUCUGGGAGUCAUUUGAAUUCCCAACAGAUACAUUACUCUCUGGCCAAAUUCUUCCCAAGGGACAGAGAUUAACUUCCAGCAUAUCAACUUCGAAUUUUUCCACAGGGAUCUUUUAUGUUUUCUGGGAAUCUGAUGGAUAUAUUCAUGCUUUUGUUGAUCUAGAUCCUCCACAAGAAUACGGUAAUUUUUUGGGGGUUCAGAGGCCCCGCUUUGUAUAUCCGUACUCCAUAAAUGAUACAUUUUAUCCAUAUCAUGAUUCUCCUUCUUCUUAUGCUUAUUUACACCUUGAUCAAAAUGGACACCUGAAUCUGAUUGAUUGGAAUCAAAGUGAGUUCAACCAUAUCUACAGUAUCUUGAAUGAAGAUGUUUAUGGUGAUUGUACAUACCCGACAACGUGUGGAAAGUUUGAGGUUUGUAUGGAUAAAAAUAAGUGCAGAUGUCCAAGAGGAAGUGACGAGAGCUUGAAUUACUUCAAGCUGACUGAUGUAUAUGAUGUCAAUGGAGGAUGUACCUUAAUUACACCUCUAUCUUGUCCUGACACCAAAAAACUCCAUGGUUUUCUAGAGCUUGAUAAUGUUACAUACUUCGAUUCUACUCCCUCUCACGUAAAUACAGAUGUUGAGAGUUGUAAACGUGCAUGUUUAAAUCAGUGUUCAUGUAAAGCUGUCUUCUUUCGCUACUAUAAUGAUACCUCAUUAGGUAAUUGUACACUACCUUCAGAAGUUCUCACUCUGAUGGAUGUUUCUAGUGACUAUUCUUUAGGCUAUAAAGCUGUGGCAUUCAUCAAAGUGCAAAACAGAAUGCAAAAUACAACAGCUUAUUGGAAGAGAAAUGUGGUACUAUCUAUUUUUGCUACCUCGAUAUUCUUGGCCUUGGUUAUUGGAAUAUUGGUUCAUGUGUUGAUGAAACGAAGGGGGAUUAGUGCCAAAGAAACCGACUCUUCUUUUGGUAUACUUGUUGACACAGUUAGCCGGUUCUCUUUUGAAUCGCUUAAAUUAGCAACCGAAAACUUCCAAACAAUGCUUGGUCGAGGAGGGUUUGGGUCGGUUUAAGGUACAUUGAUUGAUGGGACAAAAGUUGCUGUGAAAAGAUUGGAUUCAUCAGGUCAAGGGAGGAAGGAAUUCUUGGCAGAGGUCAAUACAAUAGGUAGUGUUCACCACUUCAACUUAGUGAAGUUGAUUGGAUUUUGUGAUGAUGGAUUGAACAGACUUCUUGUCUAUGAAUACAUGUGUAAUGGGUCGCUUGAUAAGUGGAUCUUCAACCAAGACAUAACACAGACACUUACAUGGCACUUACGACGAAGAAUUAUUGAUGGUGUAGCUUCCGGGCUUGAAUAUCUACAUGAACACUGCAACCAAAAUGUGAUUCAUUUUGAUAUUAAACCUCAGAAUAUACUCCUAGACAAAGACUUCAAUAUCAAGAUUGCUGAUUUUGGUUUAGCCAAAAUGGUAGACCGAGAUCAAAGCCAGGUUAUGACUAUUGUUAGAGGAACCGGAUAUAUGGCUCCUGAGUUGAUAAACGGCCGUGCAAUUUCUGUUAAGGUUGAUGUUUAUAGCUUUGGAGUUUCGUGCUAGAAAUCGUGUGUGGCCGUAAGAAUUUUGGGUCUUUAGAAGAUGAUUGUCUCACCAACUUGGUGAAGGCGAAGGCGGAUGCAGAUCAACUCUCUGAUCUAAUUGAUGAGCAUGCUGAAGAUAUGAAAAAACAACAGGAAGAAGUGGUGAAGAUCAUGAAGAUCGCGAUAUGGUGCUUGCAGCCUCAUUUCAUUAGGCCUACCAUGUCAAUGGUGGUGAAAGUUUUACAAGAUCUUUCAAACUUGGAGGAAGCCUUGAGUGAUCUUAGCUACUUAACCAUGGUCCAGGAAGCCACUCCAGUGGAGGAUAAUUACAACUUUUCAGUCCGUCCUACGGAGUCACUUUUGUCCGGGCCUCGUUGAUGGGUUGGGACGACGUGCUUAUGAAGAACCGCUUCGCAAACUUAUGAUCUAAGCUAUAAUGCAUCUACGGUAAACAUUAAUAGUUGAAAGUAGUAGUACUAUAUUUUAUUGCAAAUUUGCAAGAUUAUAACUCAUGUCAAUGUCUAUAGUAAUUAGAAUCUAUCCAAAACAUGCGUUUUUCUAAUAAACUUGCAUCACCAUCCAUAACCACUUUAGAGGCGGUGUUAAUUUGUUAAGAAAAUAACAUGUUUGGAGAUUAGAUUCUUUUACCAUGCAUGGUCACGAGUAGAUUUUCUAUGCAACAUAUGAUUCCAUUGCCAUGGCAUGUUAUUGUCAUUUAGUACGCAUACCAAAAGGGUCGCAAACGUAUCUACCAAAUGUUUGGUUGAGAAUGAUUUUCCAAAUAGCCUAUAUUAUUCUUCUCUGUCUAGUGAAUGAAUGUUUCACCCCUUUCGUUGUGUCCCAAUAUAUACACCAUCGUGGACUAAUUUGUGAAAAUAGAUUUCUUAUCCCUUCCUUUGU